AUGAGAUUAGAACUCAUGAUAGAAGUCGACUCAAAACAAAAAGUUGAAGUGUACAGAUCGGGGCGCACCUUUCAUCAGACCUCAUCUUCAGCUGCUCCUGGAGGCCCGGGCAUGGACAAGAACCGGGGUUUGUUCACUGACGACUUUGGCUCCUUCAUGAGACCUGGGAAUGACGCCUUCUCCGGGGGCGCAGGAAACAUCAAGACUCUGGGAGACUCGUAUCAGUUCACUGUGGACGUGCAGGACUUCUCCCCAGAGGACAUCAUUGUGACCACAUCCAACAACCAGAUCGAGGUCCGCGCAGAGAAGCUGGCCCAGGACGGCUCGGUCAUGAACACAUUCACCCACAAGUGCCAGCUCCCUGAGGACGUGGACCCCACCUCUGUGACAUCAUCACUGGGCGCCGAGGGGACGCUGACAGUGAGGGCCCGAAGACAAGCCGCCAAACACGAACACACGCAGACCUACCGCACGGAGAUCAAGAUUUAA